GGUACGUCAUCCAACAUGGCCGAAUAACCGGCGGGAAAAACAAUCCUAGGAGGCUGUAGUGAAGUUUGGCUGGAAAAUAUUUAGUUAUUUCUGUAAUUAAAAAAUAAGAAUGGAUCCUUCAGAAGUGGAAUUCCUCGCUGAGAAGGAAAUGGUGAAGAUUAUCCCAAACUUUAGUCUUGAUAAAAUUUAUUUAAUCGGGGGAGACCUGGGGCCGUUUAACCCGGGGCUGACGGUGGAGGUGCCCGUGUGGCUGGCGCUCAAUCUGAAGCAGAGACAGAAGUGCAGAAUCGUUCCUCCGGAGUGGAUGGACGCCGAUAAGCUGGAGGAGAUCCGAGAGCAGGAGAGAAGAGAAGACGCCUUCACCCCAAUCCCCAGCCCUUAUUACAUGGAACUGACCAAGUUGCUGCUAAACCAUGCUGCAGACAACAUUCCGAGAGCAGACGAAAUCCGGACUCUGGUCAAAGACAUCUGGGACACUCGCAUCGCAAAACUGCGUCUGUCUGCCGACAACUUCAUCAGAGAACAGGAGGCUCACGCCAGGCUGGAUAACCUGACGCUGCUGGAGAUCAACACCACACGCACGUUUCUGUUGGAUUCUCUGAACUACAUGUACAAACUGCGCUCCAACCUGCAGCCCGGCUCAGGCUCGGGGAAAUCGCAGGAUUAUUAAUCAGCACCAUCAGGACGUUCACGCAGUGUGUUGGUGCAGUGAGGUGAUGUCUCCAGCUGCAACUCAUAGCAGCAUUAAAAGUAUUUAUUUCGGCUUUUCCUCUAUGACGAUGUCUUCGUGGACGCUUCAGCAGCGCCGCUCGGUGGAACGACCUUUGGCUUAUGUGUUACGCAAAUCCUGCAGAGGUCACAUGACUAUAACGCCAAGAGAGACAUGAGACGUGUGUUUUAGUUUGUGUGUAUGAGGGAAGUGUAUUGAUACGCUACGUUCACACUAGCGUGCAACAAAGCAAUUGUUCGUUUUCUACGUACGUGCUCGUCACAGAGACACGAUUUCAUCAGCAACUGAAGUUUGAAUUCAGAUUUUCUUGAUUCUAUGUGAAUUAGCUCUGACGCUGUAAAGCGACAAAUCCAAACGAUUAGCUUGAAUGAUUCCUUGGACCAAUCUUGUGGCACACGUGUUCUGACAUUUCUUCGGAUCCACACACACACACACACACACACACACACACACACACAAAACUUUACCUGUAGCUAGUCGAGUUAGCUAGCUUUACCAAUCUGCCAAGAAACUAGCGCAAAGCCAAGCACAUAAGUUCACGUAAAUCAAACAACCAAUGUUUUUUAGUUCUAGCUUCGUUCUCAGGUUCAAUUAGUACAUACUAGCUACGUACACUCACCAGAGGCACCAGCGAUCUACUUCCGAGCUUUAUUUUUCUUCGUAACUUUUAAUGAGGAGUCAUAUCUGACAGGAUUAUGAUGAAACCACAGCUGUAGGAUUUUCUUCGAAUUUUAUGCGUCAAAGAGGAAAUAAUCGCAGGUAAGAACUAAAGCGGUGAGUGGCGAACUGAAGUAACGUCAUACCAUACGUGCCAGAGGAUUGAUGUGAGGAUUCAUUCAAGCUAAUCGUUUGGAUUUGUCACCUAACCGUGUCAUAACUACUUUGAAUAGGAUUGUGUUGAGAAAACUCAAAUUAAAAUGUCGGAUGUCGCUGAAAACGAAGGUCAUAUGUAGAAAAUACUUACGUAGAAAAUGAACAGCUGCCUGUCGCUUGCUUGCGUGAAUGCAGGUUAAUACUCAUUUGCCACCUACUGGAUGUUUCUUGAACUGCAAUAAUGUACACGCCUAAAUUUAUGGUUAAGUAUGAAAUGUAAAUCUUAUUGUUUAAGGAAAAAGUAAAAAAUUAUUCAGAGCUUAUAAACAGAGUGGGAAAGAGGGUGUGUCCAAACGUUCCAGUUUUAGAUAUGAUUCUUGCUGGGGGAAAAAAUGAGAUUAAAAUUGUACAUGUGACAUCAACACAGACCUCGA